ACAAUGACAAUUAGAUGAAAAAUUAGUUUGUGUAUAAAAUAUACCUAUCAAAGAGGUUAAGUAUAAAAAAGAAUUUAAAAAUACUGUAACUUUGAAAAAGUUAAUAUGGGUGAUCGAUACAAUAUUCACAGCCAGUUAGAACAUCUGCAAUCCAAAUAUAUAGGUACAGGCCAUGCCGAUACAACAAAAUACGAAUGGUUAGUUAAUCAACACAGAGAUAGUUUUUCAAGCUAUUUGGGACAUCCUGAUUUGAUCAAUUAUAUCGCUAUUUGUGAAAAUGAGGCAAAGGCUCGAGUCAAGUUCAAUCUCAUGGAAAAGAUGUUACAGCCUUGUGGACCCCCUCCAGAUAAACCCGAAGAUUAAAUGUUGGAAAUUUGUUUCAUAAUCCAAAUUAUAAUCAGGUUUCUUAUUUUAAAUUUAUCAGCCGAAUAAAUUUUUCAUAAGUAAUAUAAAA